AUGAAAACUCAUACAGGAGAGAAACCAUAUACUUGCUCUGUAUGUAAAAAAAGUUUUUACGUUUCAAGUACUCUCUCAAAUCACAUGAGAACUCAUACGGGAGAGAAACCAUACACUUGCUCUUUAUGUCAAGAAAGUUUUUCUUUUUCAGACAAUCUCAAAUGUCACAUGAGAACUCAUACAGGAGAGAAACCAUAUACUUGCUCUGUAUGUCAAAAAAGUUUUUCUGGUUCAAGUACUCUCAAAGAUCACAUGAGAACUCAUACAGGAGAGAAACCAUAUACUUGCUCUGUAUGUCAAAAAAGAUUUUCUGGUUCAAGUACUCUCAAACGUCACAUGAGUACUCACACGGGAGAGAAACCAUAUACUUGCUCUGUAUGUCAAAAAAGUUUUUCUUUUCCAAGAUAUCUCUCAAUUCACAUGAGAACUCAUACAGGAGAGAAACCAUACACUUGCUCUAUAUGUCAAAAACGUUUAUCACAAUCAAGUGCUCUGAAAUAUCACAUGAAAACUCAUACAGCAGAAAAACCAUAUGCUUGCUCUGUAUGUCAAAAAGUUUUUUUAGUUUCAAGUGCUCCUCAAAGUAACGGGCCGCAAUGUUCCCCAAAAACAUGA